AUGUUGAAUUCAACUGCCUCAAACCAAGAUGAGAUCAUCCUCAAAUCAUCGAGAAGGUUUGUACUAGCAGAUCAAGUCAAGGAUUUGGAAUCUGCUCCUAUCUAUCGGCCUAAAAGAUCAAGUAAAAAAGUGAAAUUAUCACUUGUAACAAAUCAACCUUUUACUUAAUCCAAAAUUUGUUAUAUUUGUCGUAAAAGCUGUGUAAUUAAAUUAUGUAAAUGCGAUGAUAUAUAAUAUCAUCCUGAUUGUGUGAUUGCUGAACUCAAGAAGCCUUCAUCCUCAAUAUCAACUUUGCAAUGUCUCUUUUGUUUAUGUUUCUUUAAGACUGAAAUUAAGAAUAAAAACUAUAGAUUUCAUUAAAGAUAAGCAUAUCGAAAUUGCACAAUCAUACUAGUUAUCUUAAUUGCCACUCUCUUAAUCGUAAUAGGAGUACUCUGGAAUACGCUUGCUGCAGAAAUCACAAUAUUCUUAUUUAUUAUCACUCUACUACUCUCCCUGAUCGCAUUAUAUUGCUACAAAAAGCUUUAUUACAUUGAAAUAGAGUGGAGAUUAGUACCAGUAGAAGAUGAACUAAUGGACCUUUCGGGUUUCGAUAAUGCAAAAUUAAUAUACCAAGCCUUCAAUACAAAUACUGCCCAUUAUAUUUUAGAUACUGAAAUGUCAUGA